UUGCCAUGGUAACCCAGCAUUUGGAGGACGCCGGCCACAGCUGGACGUGCCCGACCUUCACCCGUUUCCUUAGGUCUUAAGCCCUACUUGCCACUCCAACACCAGCCCCAGGGAAGUGACACCGUCCACGGCUCCUGCAGGAGGGUGGACACACCUGCGACAGCGGCCCGGGUGUACUCCAGCACCCAGUUGUGUGUGUAGGAGGGGAUGAUAUUUGCCAAGAAUAUCUCAUUGAACGCAAAAAGUUUAUACAAAUAUUCUUCAGUCACAAUGCACAUCAAAUGUCGGGGAGGCUUCUAUCCUCGUUCAAAUAACAAGGUGAAAAGAGCAGAGGUUCCCAAUGACAAGGUGGAGUGGUCAGUACCUUUUCCCGAUUAUGCAGCGAGAAAGUACACGGCUGCACACAUUCUGGCUGCUCCGGCAUAUGCUGACCCUGAGAUAGGUUCUCCAGGAUUUGUACCUUGCUGGAAUACUUUAGAUGGAAAAAUCAAUCGCCGCUCACAUGAAGGAACCUACAGCAUUGAUGAUGGAUUUCCCUGGAACAUGCAUGGCCGCACAGGUAUUGCUGGUCGUGGAGCCCUUGGCCGUUGGGGGCCUAAUCAUGCAGCUGACCCAAUUGUUACUCGAUGGAAAAUUGCUGGCAACGAAUUUGUUCAUGGUAACUCUGGGAAGCCCAUUCUACAAUUUGUGUGUAUUCAGCGUCGUGAUAGUGGUGAGUGGGCCAUACCAGGGGGCAUGGUGGACCCAGGAGAACGAGUCAGCGCCACACUUCAGCGAGAAUUCCAAGAAGAAGCUUUGAAUUCUAUAGAGAUGACACAUGAACAAAAGCAACAAAUUGAACAGAAGCUAAAUAACUUCUUCCAAGGAGGUGAAGAAGUGUUCCGUGGAUAUGUUGACGACCCGCGUAAUACCGACAAUGCCUGGAUGGAGACAGUUGCAUACAACUUCCAUGAAAGUAACCAAGAUGGUGCCCUGUACAGCCUGCAUCUGCAUGCUGGAGAUGAUGCACAAGCUGUUAAGUGGCAAGAUAUUGAUAGUCGGUUAAACCUUUAUGCUAGUCAUAGAGACUUGAUUCAGAAAGUUGUUGAAAUGCAUAAUGCUCACUGGUAAAAAAAAAAGGGGGGGGUUUACUAAAAUAAACAAAUUAUUGGACACAGUUACGAUCAAUUGUAAGUCACAUGUCUUAUCGAGCAGGUAAAAAGUGGCAAGAAUGAAGAUGUGUAUUUUCUUGCCAUUUUAUACAAGGCAUUUCAACUUCUUUAUGAAAAUGCUACAGUUUGAUGCAAGUGCACAUGUGUGACAUUCACAGUUAAUGCACUCAAGCCUCGCCAAACUUGUCAGAUGUGUCAACCUAUAUUAUAUAUCUGAUGCUCUGCUUCCUAGUAAAGCUCCUUUUGAUAAAGGUGACCUUAAAUUCAAUUUUUCAAAAACACUUCAUUUUCCUUAGAGUUCCACCUUCUGGCACAAAGAAUGAAAGUAUUUGGGCAGAAACAUAAAAGUUAGAAUGCAAAGAAUAUGGAAGUAAUGAAGUAUAGCUUCGUUAGAGGGAAGAGGGAUAAUUAAUCGUGUGCUCACUGCCAGUGCACAGACACACACAGACAAGCACAGGCAAAAAGUCACAGACCUUCAGUGGCACAGCUGUUAAUGGAACAGAAGAAUAGCAUAGAUACAGGAAGGGUAUACUGUACUGCAUUUGCUUACCUUCUGGUGGUACGUCUUGAGAUUGCCGAAGGCAGUUAGCUGCCAAUUUAUCAAACGAUUUAAAAAAAAUUGGUGGAGGAAGGAGAAAUAUUGCUGUAUUUAAGGACAAUGUUUAUUUGAUGGAAUGUUGGAGUUUGUCUACAUUUAUCAUCCAUAUUAGUAAGUCACUCUUAUUUAGACCUUGAAGAGGUUUCAAGAACAAUAUAAUUUCAAUCCAAUCAAAGGUUAUUUACCUUUGUUGGAUUUUGAUGCACUUGUUGACUGUUGAUGCAAUUGUUGCAUCAACAAUUGCACAAGUUUAUGCUUAACACUAUGAGUAGGACACAAGUUUAUACAAGUUAUAAUUAUGCAAUAAGCUUACAGUAUUCAGAAUGUUUUAGAAAUACAGUGUUUAAGUAGAUCUAUAAUUUAAGGUCUAUAAUUGAGGGGAUCUUCCCUGCUGCCACUUUUGUAGAUUGGAACUAUGUUAGCCUUUUUCCACACAUCUGCUACGACUCCUGUACACAGGGAAGUCUGAAAAAUCAGCUGAAGUGGU